CGUUCAUCACACUCUGGAGCGACGUCCAGGGAGCUUUAGCUUAAAUGACUGGAGGAGAGAGUGAGACAGGGGCCAAGACAUAAGCUCACGACUGAAAGGGCCUCCAAUUAUUUGGGGAGGGACUGGAAGGAGAGAGGAGAAACAAAUAUUAGGGUUUCACUUUCCAGUGAGGGGGAGAGGAAGAGAAGUAAAAGGUGAAGUUGAGUGAAGGGAAGAAAAGGUCUCACCAUGGCCACCUUGAAGGAGAAGAGGACGUGUGGGCAAAAAUGUGAAGACUUCGGUCGUUUCCUCUGGAACUCUGACGAGGGGACGUUCAUGGGGAGAACACCAGAGAAAUGGGUGUACAUCAGUCUGUAUUAUGCCGCCUUCUACGUGGUGAUGACGGCCCUCUUUUCUCUGGCCAUCUGGACGCUCAUGUACACUUUGGAUCCGUACGCUCCGGACUACCAAGAUCGGUUAAAAUCUCCGGGGGUCAUGGUGUGGCCGGACACCUACGGGGAGGAAAUUGUUGAAAUCACCUACAACACAUCAGACAAGGCCAGCUGGAUGAAAAUGAGGAACAUCAUGGAUGAGUUCCUGAAGCCUUACAAUGACACCAAGCAGCUUGAAUGUAACACGUAUAACUGCACAAAGGGAAAGUACUUCAUCCAGAACACCUUCUCUGCCCCGAACCACACCAAGUGGGCGUGUCCCUUCACGCAAAGCAUGCUGGGAGCCUGCUCAGGACUUGAGGACCCGACCUUUGGCUACAACUGCACCAUGCCUUGUGUCAUCAUCAAGAUGAACAGGAUCAUCAACUUUUUGCCCACUAACCACACCAAGUCUCCACCUUAUGUCAAAUGCACUGUCCUGGACGGACACGACAAUGUGGACAAUAUCGAGUAUUUCCCUACAAAUGGAACUAUGGAUUUAUCUUACUUCCCAUUCUAUGGAAAUUUGGCACAGCCUACCUAUGUCAACCCGCUGGUGGCUGUUCGGUUCAACCUGAUCAAAGAGAAGCACGCCAAGAUCCAGUGCAGAGUGGUCUCCAAACAGAUCAGCUAUGAAAACUUCCACGACCCCUACGAGGGAAAAGUCACCUUCACACUCAAAGCUCUGAAAUGAGAAGAUACUCCGAUAUCCCAUAAUCACACAACUCCAACCAUUUAAUCACCUUUAUUCCAUAGGUUAGGCCCACUUGUGAAUGUCUCUCAUGCUUUGCUGUUUGAUUCAUGACCUUCUUUGACAUCUGAAUUUUGUACCUAUGACAUAGCAAAUAAAAUCUUAAUUUGUGGUUAUGUAACCUGACUCACA